AUGAAGAGGCAAUCUAAAUCAGCUGCUACCAGUUCGGGUACUCAUCCGAAAUCGACUUCAUCAUCUCAGAUCAGCACUAGUGUUGGUGAAUCUACAACACCAAUACCUCCCCAUGAAGGAACUUCUACUGCAACUCCGGAAGUUCAAGGAACUCAAGGAAGUCAAGCAACCGAGCUUGAAGAUGAUGGAAGUGUGGAAAGCAUCCUUGAGGUGUUGAAACAGAAAGAAAGUUCAGAUAUUUGGAAUCAUUUUGAGAGGGAUAUGGUGUUGCAUAAGAGAAUUUUAAAUUUUUGUGUGAUUCCUAGUCAUAAGGGAGAGGCUAUAGCUAAGCUAUUGGAGGAUUGUUUGUUGGAAUGGGGUAUAGAGAAGAUUCUCACAGUCACCGUUAAUAAUGCUUCGUCAAAUGAUGUUGCAUUGAAGGAGUUGAGUAGGAGGAUAGGUGAUUGGGGUGUCCUUAAUGCACUUUUGCAUAAAGGGAAGAAUUUGCAAAUGAGGUGUGUCACCCAUAUUCUUAACUUGAUUGUCAAUGAUGGGUUGAGUGUGAUGAAGAUAUUCAUUGGUGCCAUUCAGAAUGCGGUGAGGUAUGUUAGAUCCUCCUCACAAAGGCUUGAUUUUUUUAAGGAAUAUGUUGAAAGGGUGAAACUAAAGUGCAAAGGGCUUGUGAUUUUGGAUGUCCCUACUAGGUGGAAUUCCACAUUCUUGAUGUUGGAACGGGCUUUGAAAUUCCAAAAAACUUUUGAUAGAAUGGUGGAAGAAGAUGAGGGUAAUUUUUGGGCAUGGCUCCAAGGUGAAAAGGGUGAAAAGCCAAAAGAAGGGCCACCGGCAAGUGUUGAUUGGCAAUAUGGGGAGCAAUUUGUGGAUUUCUUGAGACCAUUUUAUGAAAUCACUUUGAAGGUAUGUUGUUCUAAUUCUCCUACCGUUCAUAGUACUUUUGGUGAUAUACUCUUUAUUUAUGGUCUCUUGCAAGAACAAAAGAACCCAUGUUUAUCUGAGAUUGCAUCACCUAUGCAAGACAAGUUUCUCAAGUAUUGGGGUAGCUUUGAUAAGUUGAAUCACUAUCUAUUCAUUGCUAUUGUUCUUGAUCCACGUCAUAAACUUGAGAAAGUUGUUGACUAUUUUGAGAUUCUUGAUGAUGGGGAUAUGAAUGAAAAUGUGGAAGCUAACAAAAAGACUGUGAAGGAUCUCUUGUAUGACCUUUACAAAGUAUAUGAGGAAGAGGGAAGGGAAAGUGGUGUUGGUGAGGUUGUUGGUUCUCAAGUAUCAAGUGAGGGGAUACCUAGUUCAAGUAAGGGUCUAACGGAGUUAGAAAAGAGAUUGAAAGAGAAUGAGCAAAGGAGAAGAGCAAUGAAAGCCGGGAUCGUAAACAAUGAUGUGGAUAGAUAUCUUAGAGAUCCUAUUGAAGGAGAUGGUGAAGGCUUUGACUUGUUGAAUUGGUGGAGGGUGAAUGGAGUCUGUAAAUAUCCUAUAUUGGCCCGCAUUGCAAGGGAUGUUCUAGCUAUUCCGGUGUCAACCAUAGCUUCGGAAUCUUCUUUUAGCACGAGUGGGAGGAUUAUUGAUCCAUACCGUAGCUCCCUAAGUCCUAGAAUGGUGGAGACCUUGAUAUGUACACAAAAUUGGCUUAGGAGUGAAAAUGUGUAUCUACAUCAUACGCCUACUAUUGAGGAGAUGGAGUUGUGUGAAGAAGCGGAAAGAGAGAUGCUUAAGAUGCCAUGUGGAGCUGCAAUGGGGAGUAGUCGGAGCGGAAUGUUACCUCCAAAGUCGAAGACUUCAUCUUUCCAAGCUUGA